AACUCUUCCGUGGUGAGGCGCUAUUGUCGUGAACGUGGCGAGGCACGCGCUGCGUCAGUAUUCCGCGAGCUUCCAUCGCGUUCUGUUGCAGUUAAUCGUUGAAGAAGGGAGGUACCUAUCCUAUUCGAUAGUGAACUGCGGAGAACGAGAAAAAGUGCUAUUCUUCUAAACAAGAAACUCCUAAUUAAAGAAUGGCGGACGACAGUCACGAGAACGGUACAAGCAACGGUGACGUACCUGAGAUCGAGCUGAUUAUCAAGGCUUCGACGAUCGAUGGUCGCAGGAAGGGUGCGUGUCUCUUCUGCCAGGAGUACUUUAUGGACUUGUAUCUUCUUGCCGAAUUGAAAACAAUCUCUCUAAAAGUGACCACGGUCGACAUGCAAAAACCGCCGCCCGAUUUCCGCACCAACUUUCAGGCAACACCUCCGCCGAUCUUAAUCGACAAUGGCGAUGCGAUAUUAGAAAACGAGAAAAUCGAACGACAUAUUAUGAAAAACAUUCCUGGUGGACAUAAUCUCUUCGUGCAGGAUAAAGAAGUGGCUACCCUUGUUGAGAACUUGUUCAGUAAAUUGAAACUGUUACUGUUGAACGCAAAGGACAAGGAUAAAGAUCCAAAAUCUUCGUCCCUGAUGGCACAUUUACGUAAAAUCGACGAGCAUCUAGGUCGUAAGGGCACUCGUUUCCUCACAGGCGAUACAAUGUGCUGUUUCGACUGUGAGCUUAUGCCACGACUUCAACACAUCAGGGUGGCCGGCAAAUACUUUGCGGACUUUGAGAUCCCUGAAACUCUGGUGCAUCUCUGGCGAUAUAUGCACCAUAUGUACAGGCUGGAUGCCUUUUUACAAAGUUGUCCGGCCGAUCAGGAUAUUAUUAAUCACUAUAAAUUACAGCAGAGCAUGAAAAUGAAAAAGCACGAAGAACUGGAGACUCCGACAUUCACAACCAGUAUCCCGAUCGAGGUCAACGACGACUAGGCUGGACCUCUGCCGUCGGGUCUACGAUCUCGUUACUCUGACGUAGAAAAAGUCCUCGACAUCGGUGUAGACAUAAGCAGUGUGAACACACGUGGCACGCAAAAUUACGUUUUUUUUUUUUUUUUCUUCCAAGGAAAAUGAUUCCGCAGGAAGAGUCCACUAUUUAUCAAAAGUUAAUGAAGUUUUUUCUUCUAGAAAAAAAAAAAGGUUCUAUCAUCUAGAUUUGAUAUAUAGAUGUGCCGAUUCGGCUACACCGAUUUAUAUAUAAAUUUUUGCUACGUAUAUUUUGACAAAUUAUCGUCGACUCUUUUAUGGCCUAAACUGAUGCAGAACAGAAGUAGCUUUUUUACCGCAGAAAACAGUAGAAGAUACAUAUAUGAGUGUAUUAAGGCUUUCGAGAAACGAUCUGUAAGCGUAUCCAGAAAAUUUGAACGAUUUUUUCCUUUCCUUUCUUUCCAUUUUCUUUAUCUUUUUUUCUCUGGUACGUAUGUACUUCGUACGUAAUAUUCAUACGAAUAGCAUUAUUUUUAGAAAAAGUAUUUUAAUGUUUUACGUAUACUUUAGAUCAAAGCUAACGUAUUUUUUUUUCUCUCUCUCUCUUUUUAAAGUAUUUCAAUAUUUUUGAUGGCGCGUAAUGUUAACACAAGUAGAAAAUACGAGAGAGACGUAUGCAUUUGAAUUACGAUUAAUACUUUGUUUUUAAAUUAAUAUAUCUCGUAUAUAUUAUUUCUUUAUCAUUUUUCUCUUAUUUUCUGGAAACUGCAUUGUAUUUAUCAUACAUCUAACGACUAAUCAAUAAACUGAGUUAAUUGAUGGUUAAUUCUUUAACA